GUGAAUCUAUCGCUGCGCGCUGCAGCUCGCACUCAUGUCUGACAAUACUGCUCUGAAGGGAACGUGUACGGAGGUAAUGGUUGGCGAUGAACCUGCGUUAACAGAGUAAGAGUGAGGACUAGGAUGGUAAGCAGCCAGCCGAAAUACGAGCUGAUCCAGGAGGUGGGGCGCGGCAGUUAUGGCGUGGUUUAUGAAGCAGUAGUCAAGUGCACUGGUGCUCGAGUAGCAGUAAAGAAAAUCCGCUGUCAUUCUCCAGAAAAUGUGGAGCUCGCGCUGCGUGAGUUUUGGGCCCUCAGCAGCAUUCAAAGCCAACAUCCCAAUGUCAUCCACUUAAAGGAGUGUAUCUUGCAGCGGGACCAUCUAGCUCAGAAGAUGAACCAUGGUUCCAACUCCUCGAUCUACUUGGAGCUGGUGGAGACGUCACUCAAAGGAGAGAUUACCUUUGACCCAUGCUGUGCCUACUACUUGUGGUUUGUCAUGGACUUCUGUGAUGGGGGAGACAUGAACGCCUACUUGUUGUCCCGCAAGCCCAGUCGCAAAACAAACACCAGCUUCAUGCUGCAGCUAGGCAGUGCCCUGGCCUUCCUCCACCGCAACCAGAUCAUACACCGUGACCUCAAGCCAGACAACAUUCUCAUCUCCCAGGCAUGUACGCCAGCUGGAUCUUCUGAGCCUACACUCAAAGUGGCCGACUUCGGUCUGAGCAAAGUUUGCUCCACCUCAGGGCUUGACAAAGAGGAGCCAGUGAGCGUCAACAAGUGCUUCCUGUCCACAGCUUGUGGAACUGACUUUUUCAUGGCCCCAGAGGUGUGGGAGGGCCACUAUACGGCCAAGGCAGAUAUCUUUGCUCUAGGGGUGAUUAUCUGGGCCAUGGUGGAGCGAAUCACUUUUGUUGAUGUUGAGACUCAAAAGGAGUUGCUGGGGAGCUAUGUGCAGCAGGGCUCUGAGAUUGUACCCUUAGGCGAGGCCUUGUUAGAGAACCCAAAAAUGGAGCUGCCUAUCCCUGCCAGGAAAAAAAGCAUGAACAGCCACAUGAAACAGCUGAUCAGGGAGAUGCUAUCUGCUAAUCCUCAGGAAAGGCCGGAUGCCUUUGAACUUGAGCUCAGACUGGAUUCCUUAAUUUCUGCUGUCCAGGGUUUGUGCCCAGCCUUUGCCGCACAGGAUCAGAGAGUGGCUGCACUCUCUGCUCAAGUACAACAACUCACUUCAGCUCUGGCUCUCUCGGCGGCUCCUCCUUCACUUUCCAGUCCAUCCUCAUCUCCAGCAGCUGCACCAAGAGCCACAACAUCCUCCUUACUCUCCCAGGGUCAAGCCUAAGGUAGGUGCUCCUAAACGUUAUGCAGGAGAUCCCGAGGGGUGUGGUCCCUUUCUCACUAACUGCAGUAUCCUGUUUGCCCUCCAGCCUCACACAUUUGCUACAGAGGCAGCUAAGGUGGCGUUUGUCAUCAAACACCUUACCGGGAGGGCUCGGCUGUGGGUAACAGCAGAAUGGGAUCGCCAGGCUCUUGCACGCUCCUCGUUUCAGGAGUUUUCCUUGGAGCUCCACAAGGUGUUUGGUCCCCCAAGGCUAGGACCGGAUGUGGCUGGCGGGUUGUUGGAGGUUUGUCAGAGGUCUUGCACUGUUUCUGACUACGCUAUAGACUUUCAUAUUAAGGCCAGAGCAACUGGAAUCGACCUGCACUUUGUGACGCUUUUCUCCGGGGCCUUAACUCCAAUAUAAAGGGCAAGUUGGUGUCUCGUGAUCUCCCCACGACUUUGGACGCCAUAAUUGAUUUGACUUGCCGCACUGAUCAGAGGAUUUAGGCGAGGCGCCAAGAGCAGCAGGGUCUACUGGGGGUCCGGCACUCUGCUGAGCGGCACACUGAUUUGGAGCCAGUGUGUCAGGAGCAGCUGGAGAAAUCCGAACCUAUGCAGGUGUGCCGUACCCGUUUCUCCCUGGAGGAGCGGAGAUGUUGCCUCAAAGGGAGCUGAUGUUUCUACUGCGGGUAACCGGGACACUUUUUAUCCAAGUGCCCAGUAAAAGACCAGGCUCACCAGUAGGGGAAGGAGUUCUAGUGAGUGUUUUAAGCCUUGAUUAAUGACGUUCUAAGGGACAUGCUUAAUAAAUUUGUCUUUGUUUACUUGGAUGAUAUUUUGAUCUUCUCUGGUUCCAAAAGUGAGCACGUCCACCUUGAACAGUCCUCCAGUGCCUGCUCCAGAAUGCUUUGUUUGUCAAACCAGAGAAGUGUGAGUUUCAUGUGUCUUCUACCUCCUUCUUGGGCUACAUCAUUCAGGAGGGGAGCAUUCAGAUGGACCCUAGCAAGAUGUUGGCCAUCUCCAAUUGGCCCCGGCUAGACUCCCGGAAGCACUUCCAGAGAUUUCUGGGACUUUUAUCGUCGCUUCAUUAGGGGUUACAGCUCCACCGCCCCCCUUUCAGCACUCACGUCCACCAAGGUUCCCUAUGUCUGGUCGCCAGCUGCAGAACAGGCCUUUCAGAAUGUGACAACCCGCUUCACAUCUGCUCCCAUACUCCAGAUGCCUGAUCCAGAAAGACAGUUUAUUGUGGAGGUGGACGCAUCUGAUGUGGGGGUUGGGGCUAUCCUGUCGCAGUGAUGUGCCAAGGACCAGAAUCUUCACCCCUGUUCCUUCUUCUCUCGCCACCUUUCCCAAGCUGAGCGAAAUUAUGACAUUGGGAACAGGGAGUUGUUAGAUCUGAAGCUGUCAUUGGAGGAGUGGCAUCAUUGGCAAAGCAGCCUUUCAUUGUUUGGACUGACCAUAAGAACUUAACAUAAAUACAUGCAGUCAGCUAGGGGGCAGAAUUCACAUCAGGCAAGGUGGGCCCUCUUUUUCACCAGAUUCUGUUUUACUCUAGCCUAUUGACCUGAUUUGAGCAACAGCAAGCCAGAUGCUCUCUCUCGGCAGUUUCCAGGUGAUGGGGUGCCUGGCGCUGCUGAGGACACUAUUCUCCCACCGUCUUGCCUAGUAGCCCCGGUUACCUGGGACACUGAACAAAGAGUCAUGGCAGCAUUAGAGAACCAGCCUGGUCCCAGCACUUAUCCUCCUGAUUGGCUCUUUGUGCCUGCAGAACUACAGAGUUUCUGCAGCAACCGGUUCUGGUGCCCAGCUUUAGUGAGGGACACUCACCAGUUCCUCCUGGCUUGCUGUACUUGUUGUCGAUCAAAGCCAUCCAACCUUGCUCCCGCCGGACUGCGCCAUCCCUUACCAGUACCUCACCGUCCUUGGUCUCGUGUUUCCCUGGACUUGGCUGGACUUGUGACUUGUGAACAACCCUUCGCUGUAUUACAUCUGAGCAUCCCUCCGCCUGGUCUGAAUGUCUUCUGUGGGUGGAGUAUGCAUAUAACACCUUGACCAGCUCAGCAACAGGACUCUCUCCUUUUCAAUGUGCCUAUGGUUAUCAGCUUCCUGUCUUCCCCUCUCUGGAGAGGGAGGUCACCUGCCCCUCUGUUCAGUCCUUUAUUUGUCAGUGCAGAACAUCCUGGUCCAGAGCUUGUAUUUGUAUUUGUAAUUGCAGAAACAUGUAUUAGUCUGUUAUGGAGUAGUUACAUCUAUACCACCGGUCCCUAACCUUUUUUGUUCCAAGGAUUGGUCAGCCAGUACUACCCAUUAGUACAGAC